AUAAAUGCGAAAGCGCGUCCUUUCGAUGGCUACAUUUAAUUAAUGUUUUGUGUGGUCUAGUGCUGUAAAAAGUGUAACGACGAGCGUAAUGCACAUCAAGCAGGUCAUUAUACAAGGCUUCAAGAGCUACCGGGAGCAAACGGUCGUAGAACCGUUCGAUAAACGACACAAUGUAGUCGUUGGUCGCAAUGGUUCAGGCAAAAGCAACUUUUUCUACGCCAUACAGUUUGUGCUCAGUGAUGAGUUUACUCAUCUGCGACCGGAGCAAAGGCAGGCGCUUCUGCACGAAGGCACCGGUCCCCGAGCCAUGUCUGCUUAUGUGGAAAUAAUUUUCGAUAACACCGACAACCGCGUUCCGAUCGACAAAGAGGAAAUUUUUCUCCGCCGUGUGAUUGGUGCCAAGAAGGAUCAGUAUUUUUUGAACAAGAAAGUUGUGCCGCGUUCGGAAGUCGUCAACCUGCUCGAGUCGGCGGGAUUUUCCAACUCGAACCCGUACUACAUUGUCAAGCAGGGAAAAAUCAAUCAAAUGGCUACCGCUCCCGACUCGCACCGGCUCAAGCUGCUGCGAGAGGUCGCCGGUACCCGGGUGUACGACGAGCGCAAAGAAGAAUCAAUGAAUCUGCUGCGGGAAAGCGAAGGGAAGUUGGAAAAAAUUUCCGAAUAUUUGCGCACGAUCGAAGACCGGCUGAAAACGCUCGAGGAGGAAAAGGAGGAACUGUCGGAGUAUCAAAAGUGGGACAAAGCACGUCGCACGCUGGAGUAUAUCAUUCACGAGACGGAACUGAAAGAUACCCGCAAACAGUUGGAGGACCUGGAUGUGCAACGCAAAUCUUCCGGGGAUAAGCAAAAGCUCCUGACGCAGGAUAUCCAGAAGGCGCAGGAGCGGGUCAAGGCGGCCCAGAAGGCGCUGAAGGACGCCAAAAAGGAUGUCGUCACGGCCAAGGACGAAAAGUCAGUACUUGCCACCGAGCACCAACAGCUGCUGCGUGAGAAAACCAAGCUGGACCUUACGAUUUCGGAUCUCUCGGACGAGGUGCAGGGUGACAAUAAGUCGAAGGAACGCGCUGAACAAGAACUGGAGCGAUUGAAAAUCACCAUCGCGGAGAAGGAAAAGGAGCUCGAACAGGUGCGCCCGCGCUACGAAGCGAUGCGCCGGAAGGAAGAGGAGUGCUCGCGCGAGCUGAACCUGAAAGAGCAAAAGCGUAAGGAGCUGUACGCGAAGCAGGGUCGUGGGUCGCAGUUUUCGUCCAAGGAGGAGCGUGACAAGUGGAUCCAGGGUGAGCUGAAAUCCUUAAACAAGCAGAUCAAGGACAAAAUUUCGCAUCAGAACAAACUCCAGGAGGACUUGAAGAAGGACAUCACGAAGCACACCGAGCUGGAGAAGAAAAUUCUCGAUCACACCGAAACGUUCGAGCAGCUGCGUGUGCAAAUCGACGAGCACAAUAAGCACUUUUACGAGCUGAAGAAACGCAAAGACCACCAUCAGACGAUUCGGAAUGACAUCUGGAAGAAAGAGACGGCGGCCACGCAGACGCUUUCCGGGUACAAGGAGGAGCUGGCGAAGACGGAUCAAGCGCUGCGUUCGAUGGCCGGCAAGCCGAUUCUGAACGGGCGUGACUCGGUGCGUAAGGUGCUUGAAUCUUUUCAGCAGCGUGGUGGCCAGUUGGCGGACAUUGCAAACGCCUACUACGGUCCGGUGAUUGAAAAUUUCAACUGCGACAAGUCGAUUUACACCGCGGUCGAGGUGACGGCGGGUAAUCGGUUGUUUCAUCACAUCGUCGAGUCGGACCGUGUUGGCACGCAAAUUCUGAAGGAAAUGAACAAGCAGAAGCUGCCUGGCGAGGUCACGUUCAUGCCACUAAACCGACUGCAAGUAAAGAUCCACGACUACCCGGAAGAUCCGGACUCGAUCCCGAUGAUCUCCAAGCUCAAGUACGAAGAGCAGUACGAUAAGGCGCUUCGCUACAUCUUCGGCAAGACGCUCAUCUGCCGCAAUCUGGAGCGUGCGACUGAACUGGCCAAGAGCACCGGACUCGACUGUGUCACGCUCGAGGGUGACCAGGUGUCGUCCAAGGGUUCUCUCACGGGUGGCUACUUCAAUACGUCCCGUUCGCGACUCGAGAUGCAAAAGAAGCGUACCGAGUACCUGCAGCAGAUUCAGGACACCGAGCGCGAACUGUCCGACUAUCGUACCGAGCUGAAGCAAACAGAGGCGAGCAUCAACUCGAUCGUCUCGGAAAUGCAGAAAACCGAAACCAAGCAGGGCAAGUCGAAGGACGCAUUCGAGAAGAUCCAGGCCGACAUUCGGCUGAUGAAGGACGAGCUGACGCGCAUCGAGCGCUUCCGCAGCCCGAAGGAGCGCUCGCUGGCGCAGUGCAAGGCGAACCUCGAGGCGAUGACCAGCACCAAGGAUGGGCUGGAGAACGAGCUGCACCAGGAGCUGAUGUCGCAGCUGUCGGUGCAGGAUCAGCACGAGGUCGACUCGCUCAACGACGAGAUACGCCGGCUGAACCAGGAAAAUAAGGAAGCGUUCACAUCCCGUAUGAGCCUCGAGGUCACGAAGAAUAAGCUCGAGAACCUGCUGACGAACAAUCUGUUCCGGCGCAAGGACGAGCUGGUACAGGCGCUGCAGGAAAUCUCGGUCGAGGAUCGCAAGCGCCAACUGACCAAUUGCCGCAACGAGGUGGUGUCGGCCGAGAAACGUAUCAAGAAAGUGCUAUCGGACACGGAGGAAGUUGAUCGCAAAUUGAACGACGCCACGAAGCAGCAGAAAACACUUCAGAAGGAGCUUGAGAGCUGGAUCCAAAAGGAAAAGGAAGCACAGGAGCGGCUUGAGGAGGACGGCAAGCGUAUGGAAAAGUGGGCAAUGAAGGAAAACUUACUGCACCAGAAGAUCGAAGCGUGCACGGAAAAGAUUGCCGGGUUGGGAGCGCUGCCGACGGUUGACGCCAGCUACCAAAGGAUGUCCUUGAAGGCGCUGUUCCGAGAGCUUGAGAAGGCAAAUCAGCACCUGAAAAAGUACAACCACGUGAACAAGAAGGCGCUCGAUCAGUUCCUGAGCUUCUCCGAGCAAAAGGAGAAGCUGUACACGCGCAAGGCCGAGCUGGACGUGGGCAAGGAUAAAAUCUGCGAGCUGAUGCAGCUGCUGGAGGCACGUAAAGUCGAGGCGAUUCAGUUCACCUUCCGUCAGGUGGCGGCUAACUUCACCGAGGUGUUCAAAAAGCUGGUGCCGCAGGGCACCGGCCACCUGAUCUUGCGCACGACGACCGACCAGGAGGGGAACGAUAUGGAGCGCAAUGUCGAGACGUCCGACGAGUUCACCGGCAUCGGUAUCCGCGUGUCGUUCACCGGACUGGACGCGGAGAUGCGCGAGAUGAACCAGCUGUCCGGUGGCCAGAAGUCGCUCGUUGCCCUCGCGCUCAUCUUCGCCAUCCAGAAGUGCGACCCGGCUCCGUUCUACCUGUUUGACGAGAUAGACCAGGCGCUCGACGCGCAGCACCGUAGUGCGGUCGCCGACAUGAUCCACGAGCUGAGCGACAAGGCCCAGUUCAUCACGACCACCUUCCGGCCGGAGCUGAUGGAGAAGGCACACAAGUUCUACGGUGUGCGCUUCCGGAACAAGGUUAGCCACGUUGACUGCGUUACCAAGGAGGUGGCUCGCGACUUCGUCGACGACGACACCACGCACGGCUGAGUCGUCCAUUGCAAGCCCGAUUGGCAUCCCAACAAUUUUUAUCACUUCCUCUUAAUUUAAUCCGUUACAUUCAUGUGCGCUCGACGUAAUGACUCCAUUUUAGCUGUGUAAAGUAAAACUUCUCAUUAAAAAAUACACCGUCGAUUGAUUGCUCACAUGAAUUCUGCCAGUGAAUUAGGUCAAACUUAAAAAAAAUAUAUGAUUUUAUAAACAU